AUGGCCGUUGCCCGCCACGACACCGAUCGACACCGUGGCGGCCAUCCGCCGGCGAGCCCCCGCCUACAAAUAGGGCCGGCGCCCCUCCCCGGAGCGAACCCUAGCUACUCCUCCCCCUCUCCUUGGAUCCGCCCCCUCGACCCCGUUCGAUGUCGUCGCCUUCGGCGCCCGAGGGCGCCCGACGCCGUCGUCCUCACCGUCGCCAUCACCGUCGUCGCUCUCCACCACCGGCCACACCGAGCCUCCGUCGAGCACGCUUUGCACAACUACGGGCUCCCGCGGGCGCUGGACGUCAUCAUCGUCGACACGCUCGACGUCGCCACCGCGCGCGCCUCCUCUGGCUUCUUCGUGCUGCUUGCUGCUGCUCUGCUCCAUUGCCGCCGCUGCAACCUACGGCCGCCGCGACCACCCACGCCCGCGGGCCUGCCGUCCAACGCUGCUCCCCACCCCGCGCCGUCUGGCCACCGACGCCGCUCCCCGCGCACGGCCGCGCUUGCCAUCCCCCGCUCGAGCCUGCUGCUCGCCUGCGUCCCCAUAGCCGGCCACCGCUCGCCUGCGCCCCCAUCGCCGGCAGCCGCUCCCGCCCACCGGCGCCCGCGACCCGCUCCCCGGCGCUCGCCCGCGCUGCGCCCCGCCGCCGCCCCUCCGUGGCCUCGCCGCCGCCGGGAACAGCCCCGACCGGCCGGCCUCGCCUUCCCCCCCUACGUGAUGGGCGCCUGGGUGCGCCCCGCACCCACACGCCUGUAA